AUGGGACUCGGUACUACAUUCACCCUCGGCCUGUUCGCCGCUCUGGUCGCCUUUCUGGCAGGCCCAAUUAGCCAUAUCGUGCGAAUUGGAGGUGUUUUUCUCUCUCCCAAUCCAACUGUGCUGGGCGAUGACCAAGGUCCAAUCCCCAUUGGGGAUACCAUGCACUGCGAGGAUGUGCAUCACUACCGCCCAGCGAACCUGCUGUUCACCGCGUGCGAAGACCACAAGAGCACGCGCUUUAGCUGGUUUCCGCCGCUGGGGAACUUCGUGCCGACGACGACCCGCGGCUCCAUCCAUGUCGUAGAUCCCAAGACUAUGAAAUCAAGCCGCCUAGCAUUCACCAACUUCGAAGGACCCUUCGUUACCCAUGGGAUUGAUGUCAUCGAAGAUCCAGAGCAGGGUGAUGCAGUUUACAUCUUCGCUGUCAAUCAUCUGCCCAACCCUGCGUACUUUGAAGCCGGCGAGCCAGAAGGCGUGCACAAGGCCCACUCCCAAGUCGAGCUCUUCCACCACGUUCUGGAGUCCCAGACAGUUCAGCAUGUGCGCUCUAUUCAUCAUCCACUCGUAGAAACGCCCAAUGACAUUUAUGCUGAAAGCCCGGUCUCCUUUUACGUUACCAAUGAUCACUUCUACCGUGAAGGCAUCAUGCGGCAUGUCGAGGACGUCUGGCUCUCGGCAAAGUGGUCUAGUAUCAUUCACGUGCAGAUCGCAGAGCUGAGCAAAGAAGCUACCGUCGAGGCAUCCGUGGCACUGACGGGUCUCUGGAACAAUAACGGUUUGAGCCACGGACGCACAGACAAGGAAAUGAUCAUUUCCAGCGCUGUGGGAGGCGAGCUAUACAUCUCUACCCUUCAGUCGAAUCAUUCAAUUGAGCUUCAGACUAGUAUUCCCUUUGAUACUGUCACUGAUAACCCGAGUUAUUAUGCGGAUCCGUACCGCACCGAAGCAGAUGAUGCUAGUGGUUUUGUUGUUGCAGGUAUCUCGAAGGCUAUUCACUUGGCUGCCAACGCCAAGGAUGAGAAUGCCACCGAUCCUUCGCAGGUGUGGUACACUCGGAUCCAGCCGGUUACUGGUGUGUGGGAGAAGAAACUGUUGUUUGAGGAUGACGGGUCAAGAAUUCGGACUGCCAGUGCGGCUGUUUUGGUUCCUGUCGAGCCUGAUGGUAGUAAGAAGCUGGCUUGGCUGUUCGUUACUGGGUUUAUGUCGGAGAGUAUGAUUGCUGUGCAGGUUGAACUAUAG